AUGCCUCACUCUCGAACUACUACAUCCUCCUCAAUCGAAGCACCACCGGCACCCGAUUUCCAGACGAACCCGACCUCAGAAUCGAGCACGCGAUCACAAAAACGAAGCUCCCGAAUGAGAUCUUCCUUCCAAAGAACACAAAGUAGGACCGAUGAGUGGUCCCAGGGCCCAGACGGAGGAUCGAGCUUCAGUUUAGUAGGCUGGUUCCGAUCCCUACGCUCCAAAAGAAAGGAGGGCAAAAUGGAUGACUUGGAGACGCGAAAUAGCGGUGUCGGGCUACGGAGUCAGUCUCCUCCUCGGCUUCCCGAGCUGGGUCUCGAUAGCACAAGGCUGGAGCUGCUAGCUGAGGAGACAGGAUUUUCCGAAGUGGGCCCGGACAGACAGCAUUGA